CUGCAGAGGAGGAGGGAAUGGGUGAGUAGUGCAGCUGAAACACAGAGAGCUCUACUGCUGCUCCACUCCUUCCAUCCAGAGGAGAAGAAGCGGAUCUAUUUAAACUAUCUUUGUUGGUGGAAACAAGCUGAAAAAGGAAAAAGGUCUCGGAUGUCUUUGCAGAAGCUGCCGGGCUCUUUUGGAGUCAUGUUCCCAGCUCUGCCUAUGAAAGCGGAGCGCAGUCGGAAUAAGGAGCGGCUGGAGGCCAGCUUGGCCGGCUUGUGUGAGCUGGAGCUGCUGAAACAGAGGCAGGAAUGCCGGGUGCUGAGCGCUCUCUGCCUCGGAGACUCUCCGGCUCCUGGUCGGCCGCCUUGGGGAGCUCUGCGCUCGGCACGGUGCGCACUGGACGCACCAAACAGCUCCAGGCUCCAAACUAGCAGUCUCCAGUGCACGCCCCGGGGUAUGAAGGUGUCUUUAGAACAGCAGGUGGCAGAGCUGAAGGUGAAUACUGAGGUCCAAUCAGCAGAUUCCCCUGCUGAUCUAGAGGACAGUCAACUCAUUUCAGGUGAGGUCCAUGUAGCCAGGAAAAAUGGAUCUCCUGAAUCAAAUUACCACCCUUUGGUCCCUCGUUCCCUCUCAGCACCUGAUGGGACAGGGGAGACAGAGACAGGAGAAACAUGGCUGCCAGACCCAACAAGACUGGCCACGGUUACUGAUAAUUCGGGGGAGAUGAGGGAUGCUGUCCCGAGUCAGGAAGAUUAUCAACAAGCCCAAAAGGUUGAGACCUAUAUGUUAGGAUUGAUCCAACGUCGAGCUCUACCCACACGCCCCUCAAAGCCCCGCACCAGCCUGGCACAUGAUCCCCGAGCUGCGAGUGUGGUGAGGCAGAGUAGUUUAUGCCGCAAGGAGGAGCAACCUUCACCAAAGCAGGUGUCUGUUCAAGAGAUGUCUACUCCGUCCCAGUGUUCAGAGGGAACUGCUCCACAGGCUUUCCAUAAUCUCGAUCAGGAGCCUUACCUCGGGACGGAGUUUACUGAAGAUGCCCCACCCCCGUACCAUCACAUCCAGCAAAGUAUCCAGCAUCAACCAGGGCUUUAUCACAGGCCCAGGCAGGCCUCCAUGAUUACCACCACCCGCUCAACAUCACUGGACUAUCCAUCUUGCAGAGUGCUGCAAACCCUCCCAGACUCCAGUAACAGCGAGCCUGAUUCACCCCAACAUUUCACCAACUACCCCUCCCCUCCAGUUCCAUCAAAGCCUCACCAACCACUUUCACCUGAUGAGCAGCUGGUCAACGCAGAGUAUAUUCCAGCCCAGCCUUGCCGAGCCUUCACCAGAGCUUACGCACAUCACCAACCCAACCCCCACAAAGGGUCUGGGGUGCCCAAACUCAACCGCAGCACAUAUUCCCCAGAAAGAAGCCAUCAUCAUCAAGAGCAGCAGCCCACGGCAUCUCAGAUCCAACCUUCCAGAUCCCGAGGGGGCCCAAAGAAGUGUCGCUCUUAUGAGGAAAGAAAUGGUGCCAGCAGGAAGCCAGGGAAGAAGGCAUGUAGGUCUCAGUCAGAGAACAGCCUGCAAAGGGUUUCAGAACGCAAGUGCAAUACAGUAGAGAGAGACGGUGGUGGAAGUGGAAGCGGUGGAAGGGGAAGCCGCAGUAGUCAAUCCAGGAGCAAGAAACAACAGCAAGGAGGUCAGAGCUGUCAGCGCUGGCAGUCCAACAUGGAGCUCAGCCAAGAUGAGGCUGACCAACCACCCAUGCAGGCACCCAUGCAGGCACCCAUGCAGGCACCCAUGCAAGGCUCUUCGGCUUCAAACCAAAGGGACCAUUGUGCAAGGCGCACGCGCAAAUCUCGCCCUACGCAAGCAUCACAUGCCUACCCACAACAGCUCCACUCCCACCAUCAUCAGCAUAUGGAGUACCAGUUAGAGAGGGACCAAGUGCUGUGUCAGCCUAGCGAGGACUACCCUCACCCACGUCAGGGUGAGUCUGAGUCCAGCAUGAGCGAGGCUGACUCUCCAGAUUCCAGCUCUUCAUCCAGUGAUUCAGAUGAGAGUGGUGGUCUGGUUUGGCCCCAACAACUACCCCCUCAACUUUCCCCCCCAUCACCUUCUGCCCCACCUGGGGCCCCUCAGCAGCCAAAGGCUUUUGUCAAGAUUAAGGCUUCACAUGCCCUUAAGAAGAAGAUCCUGCGCUUCCGCACUGGUUCACUGAAAUUAAUGACCACUGUAUGAGGUGGGAUACUGGCCAAAUUGAUGGAGCUUUGGACCACAAACCACAGCGAAUAUAAAAACCAAUGUGUACAUGGAAGUUCUAUGUUCUUGGUUGACUGAAUUGAUUGGAUGGUUUAGAUAUGCCUUAACAAGCAACGAAGGAUUUGGCCAUCACUAUAUCAGCUGUUGUUGAAUUGUAUAUGAAGUGUUACAUUUUACUAAAAGUCUUAUAUGGAUGACUCAUGUUUUGUCAAAGGGUGCCAUUAGGGGUGUAACGACACGUUUUUACAACGAUACGAUACGAUUUCCAUGGUUCUGAUACGAUUCAAGGACAAUAUUUGUCUCAUCUAGAACGAUACGAUACGAUUCAAUGAUUUGGAAACGAUACAGUAAUUUUUUUUGUCAGUGUGACUGAGGAAUCCUGACUUGCACUGUCCAGUAUCAGCUAUCUAUUUCACAAAGUUUUUCUUGUAAGGGAAUCAGGGAUAAAUUAAUUUUGGAUAUAAACAAGUAAACAACGAUUAAUGGCAAAUACAUACAGCUUUUAUU